UGGAAGCGCAACAAGUGUUUCAAUUUUCUUGCUAAAAAUACUUUAUACAAUUAUACAAUUUUUAUUUUACGCCAUGAAGACUGUGUAGUGUUUAGUUUUCCGAUUUUAUUAGUUUCCAUUUUUACAACUUCAACAUUUAACCUCCAAACCUGCCCAACCACUUAGAGGGAAACAAGAAGAAAAUAAUAAUACAAAACUCGGUCAGAAAUGGACAUGAAAAACAAUUUGGCAUUGAAGAAGAAACGGGAAUUAUUAGGGGGCAUUAACAAACGGAAAAUGAGCCUGAGGAAGUACAUGGACAACCUCAAACAAAGUGAGUGUCGAUUGGACAUUACCCAAAUCACAAAGUGCGUUUUCUUGGGAUCUCUGUGCCUCAAACCUGUGCCACAACUCUUCGAUUCACCCCUGCUUCUGGAAGAACUUGAUGCGAAAGUUGGAAAUUUAAGGAGUGAUUAUGAAGAGUACAUUGAAACUAAAUCAAUUAUGAGUACUAAGGAACCAGUUACGAAAGAGUCUGUUAAACGAGGGCCUAAGAAAAAAACUCUAAAUUUGUCUAAGAUAAAAAAGAAAACACUGAAAGGAAAGACUGACGUUAAAACGACUCCAAAUGGCUUCAAUAGUGUGAAAAACGAAAGUGCAAGUGAACUUCUUGUAUCGACCACAGCAACUAGUAAUGUGCUUCCAGUAAUAAAUAACGAAGACAGUUCCCCAGUUGAGUCUUCAUUCCAAAAAGAAACAAGUGAAAACGUGUCCAGAAUUGAAGAAAAUCAAGUGGAAACGGUAACAAAUGAAAUGGCCUUCACAGAAGACAUGCUGGACAUGAAACUGUUAAAUCAGAAUAUUAAAGCAGUAAACCCUGAUCCUUUUGCCUUUGAAGAAGAUGAAGCAGAGCGACUUAGAAGAGAGCCAACGCCUGAAUUAAUCUUAUCAGACUCUGAUGAAGACGCUAUUGACCAAUUGAUGUACAAUAUCAUGGAUAUUAAAGUGGGACCAAACGUUUUUGACAAAGACUUCUUCGACAUGCCCCCCUCAGACAUAGAAGAAGAAGAAGAAGAGUAUGAAGAAUACUCGAACGAUUCCCAAGAAAACAAAAACGAAUCAAAUACCCAAACGACCAAAGAAAAAAAAUACAGCAAACGCGCUCCUCAGUGCAAAAUCUGUUCGCAAGUCUUCCCCUCUUAUAUGCAGCUCAAAAAACACAAACAGGCCCACAACGGCGACAAACCCUACCUCUGCUUGAAAUGUAAUGAAAACCACCAGACUUUGGACCAGUUGAUUGCACAUCUAAGAACACAUCAGGGAAAGCGGCCCUACGUGUGCAAGAAGUGCAACCAAGGGUUCAAGACGCUCAAGGGCUUGGAGAGCCACCAGCCGGUCCACGUGUUGAAAAAAGUCAGUUCCCAGAAACGAGUCUUCAGGUGUGAGGUUUGUAAAAAGGAAUUUCACAAGUUGUGCGAUUUAGAAAGACAUACGAGGGUGCAUACGGGGGAAAAACCGUCGAUUUGUAACAUUUGUAACAAGCGAUUCCAACAAGCGCACAAUUUGAAUAAGCAUUUGCUGAUUCAUACGCAAGAGAAGCCGUUCGAGUGUGAUGUUUGUCAUAAGAGGUUCGGGCGGAAUGAUGUUUUGAACAGACAUUUGCUUACGCAUUCGGUUAAAAAACCGAACCGGUGCGAGGUCUGUAUGAAGAGUUUCAUUCGGGUCUCGCAGCUUUUAGCUCAUAAGAAAAAACACCAUCCAGAAAAGCCUUCCUAGUUUUUGGGUAGUAUUGUGUUGUUGCCGUUUUAAGGCAACGAUGAUCUCCUUUUUGUGUAUAGGUAAUUGUUAUUUUACAGAAGAACGUUUAUAUUUGUUAUAUCGAUGCGUUUUAGGAUGCACUUUUGGGAUCCGAAAAUAUCAUUAAGACAAUUAAUUGAAAACACAAUUUUAAACAAUUUAAAGAAUGGUUCGAAUAUUUAAAAAAAAAUUGCGAACAAUAAAUUUGUACCACAAUAUUUAUACAAUGUACAGUUCUUAACAUAUAAAAAAUAAAUAUGAUUCAGCAUAUAACUCGGAAAACAGUCCCAGAAUAAAAAAGAAAAUAGUCAAAAAUUAACAUGUACAUUGUACAAAAUUGUCUAGGGGUUGUUGGUCAAAUAAUACAAUAAUAUAUACAUAUUUUUUAAUUUAGUGGGAAAUCUUAUUCUUAUUCAAUUAACUACCAACAAAAUACUCAUUUUCGUUAUAUAAGUAAAUAUUCAACUUGUUUCUGGAUCCCAAUGGUCAGUUUGCAAAUGAACUUGCAAUAAUUUUAUUACUUUUAAGUCCACGAAAAUACCAAAAAUCAGGAUUUACAAUUUUUAAUUUCACUACCUAUUUUUUACCGAAAUUGGUAAUUAUUUUAUUAUUUAGACUUUAUUGGUACUGUACUGUACUGAGUGGUUACCUACAAACCUACUUUUCUAACUUUAAUUGUUAUUUUUUUAUUUGCAGAAUUUUAGUUAGGUUCCUAGUUAUUCGUUUAAGUUUCAUUAUUAAUUUGCAACGUUGUAUCUACUUAAAUUUGUAAAUAUGUACUAAUUUUGUCACCUGAAGGAUUCUUCUCUCAGUGCAAUAGUUUUAUUUUUAUUCAGGUGACUCAAUUGUUAGUUAAUUUCCUCAUAUUUUAUUAUUACCUUUUGUACAAAAUUAUUAUCCAAGUGUGAUAAGUAUUACAAAGUGCCUUUAUGUAUCUUAACAAUAACUUAUUGUGCCUUUCAUUACAUUUAUUAAAUGAAAACAAGUUAAAAACUUCAAAAGAAUAGUAUAUUUUUGUCAGUGAUAUAUUGCCUUACCUAGUUUUUUACAAAUAGUUUAGCAUACUUAUACACUUACUUGUCCGUAUAAAUAACAUAUACUUUAAGAUAAUAUUAGAUAUUAAUAAUUAAUUAAUUGUAUUUGUUUAAAAUAAAUAAACGUAAAGUAUUUUCAGUAAUUUAUUA